AUAACUGGUCUAAGGUUUCAUUCAGUACUGAAUCCUGAGAAACUGAAAUCCUCCCAGCUGAUUUUAUAAGCAGCUGUUUCCUUUCAAUUUGUAUAACCUCAAAAUACUUGUGUGUUUAUUUAACCAUUUAACGUUUAUUUGUAAUUUGAGUGUUUAUUUUCGAUUACUGUCAUGGAUUAGAUUUCAAGUAGCUAAACCUGAUCCAAUCUUCUUCACCAUGAGUUUGAUAAAUACUAAUCUUUUCAAAAAUAAUAUUCUGGUUUCAAAAGCGUGUCGUCAUUUAUAUCAGAAACAUGUUUGGAGGGAUGUAUGGGGCUAUGAACAAAUGCAAUUCAAUGACAAAUACAAUAUUCUCCGGAUAGUUCCCAAUCCAGUUGAAGUUAGAGUUAACUAUUCUAACAAUAACUUGAAACGUUGCUGGAAAUGUGGCAGUUCCGUUAUGAAUCAUAAUUUAUUUUGUGAUAAAUGUAAUUGUAUCCAAGGACCCAACAAAGAAAGUAACUAUUUUGAUUUGUUGGAUGUAAGCUCAUCUUUCGAUGUUAGAAAUGAUGAGCUUUCUAGGAAUUACAGAAAACUGCAGUCUGUCCUCCAUCCAGAUAAAUUUGGUAAUAAAAGUGAGAAGGAAAAAAGUAUUUCCGAAGAAUAUUCGUCGUUAAUCAAUAAAGCUUACAAUACUCUUCAAAAUCCCCUGGAUCGUGGUCUGUACAUGUUGAAGCUGAAGGGCCUGUCAAUCGAGGAAGAAAAUACUGAUCUCGAUAAAGAAUUUUUAAUGGAAAUGAUGGAACGGAAUGAGGCUCUGGAAGAAGCGACGCAGCCCAAGCAAAUUAUCCAAUUAGAUGCAGAGAAUAAGAAAUGCAUUGGAUCAUUAGUUGCAGAACUGUCUGCUGCAUUUGAAAGGAAAGAUUUGAAUACAGCCAUUAAAAUUGUUUCCAAACUCAAAUACUUCACAAGUAUAGAUUCGAAGAUUAAGGUGUUGAAACAUAAACAAGGUAUUUCUAGUUGAAAAAACGUUUCUGUAAAUAAAAUAGAUUAUUUAAUUUUUUGAAA